UAAAAAUUUCAAGACUGCAUGAGGCCUCCGGAUCUUGCAAAUGGGAAUAUAAGUACUUCUAACGGAACAACAUAUGAGUCUGUAUCCACAUUUACGUGUGACUUAGGUUUUACAUUGGAAGGUGACGACAGUACCAAAUGCACUGAAAAUGGCACAUGGACAAUAUACAAUACUUCUUGUGUAAUAAAUGACUGCCAUUCUCCUAAAAUGCCAAUAAACGGCAAAGCUAUGGCUAUCAAUGGAACAACUUACUUGUCAAUUGCAAGAUACGUGUGCGACAAAGGAUUUGAUCUACAUGGAUCAGAUACAAGAAUUUGUCAGGCCAAUGGAACAUGGAAUGGAACAAUUCCAACAUGUAAUAUAAAAGACUGUGGUGCCCUUCAAAAUCCAACAAAUGGCAAGGUUAACACAGACAAUGGGACAAAAUAUCAGUCUGUAGCCAUAUACUCCUGUGAUACUGGCUAUACGUUAAUUGGUGAUAAUAUAACAAGCUGUAAACCAUCUGGAAACUGGAGUUUUCACAGUCUCAAUUGCACUAUCAAUGAUUGUGGACCACGAACACAACCAGUAAAUGGUUCUGUUCAUGUAUCGAAUGGAACAACAUAUCAGUCAUUGAUGACAUUCGAAUGCGAUAUCGGUUUCGAAAUGAAUGGUACAAAUACAUCUGUUUGUCUGGCUAACAGUACAUGGAGUCACGUAGUCCCUAAAUGUAUCAUUAAAGACUGCAAGGAACCCAACAAAACUGCAAAUGGAAGAACUGUUAAGGUGAAUAAUGGAACAAAGUAUAAUGACAAGCUGAACUACAGUUGUAACCCUGGAUACGAUUUAAAAGGAAACGAUUCUGCUGUCUGUCAAGACAAUGCAAUAUGGAGUGUAGGACCUCCGGAAUGUAUAAUUAAAGACUGUGGGAACCCGAAUGAAACAAUCCAUGGAACGAUUAUCAAAACGGGCACUGAAUAUAACGAUAACGUUACAUAUAGCUGUAACCCGGGAUACGAAACAACCGACGCCGUUUUUGCCACAUGUAACACAGUUGGAAAUUGGAGCAUACCUGCUCCUGUUUGCAAAGACAUAAAUGAAUGUGCUCGUUACACAUACGACUGUGACUUGCAAGCUAUCUGUAGCAACAUUGAUGGGUCAUUCGAAUGCAAGUGUCCCGGCGGGUACACCGAUAAUUCCAAAAAUGGGAAAACCGGUCGAGAUUGUCAAGACAUAGAUGAGUGUGCAGAUUGGAAUAAAAGUCAAUGUAAUAAGAAAGGAUCACAGUGUGUUAAUUACCAUGGAGGGUACGUCUGUGUUUGUCAUCGAGGAUGGACUGGCACUCGCUGUGAAAAUGAUAUUAACGAGUGUAACGAUACAUCUACUUGCGGGAAAGAAGCUUAUUGUACUAAUUUUGACGGAGGUUAUAAUUGCACGUGCAAUGAAAAAUUUCCGAAAGGAGAUCCAGCAUUUCAUUGCUAUGAAAACGUUAUCAUUGAAUUAAAGACACCUGUAGCACCGUUCAGGGGAGAUAAUGAGCUGAUCAACUCUUUUCCGAUACACAACAGGUUUCCGUAUUUUGGAAAGGAGUAUAAAUCUUUUAGACCGAAUAUGAAUGGUUUUAUCACACUUGGCUUUCAACCCUUGUAUCAGAACUAUGGACCAGAAACCCCUACUAACUGGAAGACAUUUAGCGAAGGUCGAACUGUGAUAGCUCCAUUCUGGACAAAUCUAGACUCUACUAAUCUCACUGGAGGUGUUUUUGUCCAUCUCAUGGAAUACUACAGAGGUGAUAUGAAUGAUAGUCGACACAAAGACCUGGAAAUGUUAGGAAACAAAUUUUCAACGUCCAUGAACCUUACAGAUUUUCACCCGCGUGUUGCUAUUGAAGUCACGUGGUUGAACGUUACAAAAUCAUCAUAUAUUAUACCAACAAGACUCAUAAAAUCUCAAAAUGUGACAAUGCAAUUGAUUCUUAUUUCGGAUGGUAUAUAUUCAUACCUAAUGUUUAACUACGACCAUGAGCAGUGGUCACUUAAACUCGACAAGAAUAUACCAAGUUCUGCCGGUUAUAGUUGCAAAGACAACGAUGUUUACAUCUUGGCAACAAGCAAAAAUGCAAGUCUGUUGAACAACGAUACCAACGUCAAGACGGGUCCUAAUGGAAGGUGGAUAUUCGACGUUACAGAUGAUAAUCAGAAUACAAUUGCCGUUUUAAAAAACGAAUCUGAGUGUCUGAAAUUUAGUAAAAAUGAAACAAUACGUAUAUGGAUAUCGAAACAGCGAUUGUUAUCGUACGCAUGUCCAUGUACCCAGCAACAGAUGGACCUCGACUACAGUUACCGUAUUGUGGAACCAAUGUACGAGAAUUCGAGUCCUAAACCAACAUGUUAUGAGGCGUGGUUCUUUAACAAUGACGGAGUGAAGCAGACAUGCUGUUACAGUUAUGGAGCUUUGAAGAAGGAUUUUACAGGAGGUGGUUUUGCAACUUUCGAGCCGGACACUUACGAUAUCAUUAAAUAUUUCUACAUGUGCUGCGAUCCAAACACCGACAGACACCUGUGUCAUCUUUUUUAUGAAAUGAAUCCGCCUGAUGACUGCUCUAGAUUUCAACCUGCAGACGAACCCAUUAGUAGACACAAGCGUUCAAUUCUUAGUUUCUGGAAUAGUGGGGCUUGCAAAUCAUAUUCAAGCGUUUCGUAUAUGAUGAUUGUUGUACUUGUAUUCGUAAAGAUAAUUAUUUAAUUAUCAAAAACAAUAUUCGUUGAUAUAAUGUUUCAUUACUGUUUGAAAGGUGUUUAUUGUGGAAAGACUGAGGAUAAAAUUUUGUUUAAGAAGAUAAAACUAGAAAUUUGAGAAAAAAAUGAAACACUUUUUUGCAUAUUAUGAAAACUUCUAAAACCUUAAAAAGUGGAUCAAAUAUACUUCUUUCUAAACAAUUUUGUUUUUGUCUGUGUAUUAAAAAUGUAUUAUUAUU